AUGGUGAACAUGAAUUCUCAACCCGCAAUCAAAUUGCAAACAUACGGACAUGACGUUGCAUUACAACAAAUAAAGGGUUUGGAAAUGAUGGAUUGCGCAAUUCAGGCAAUUGAGGAAGCAAUUCAUCUUUUUCAACGAGCGUCACCAUGCAUUGGCCGGGAAGUAUCAAAAGAGGAAACGUCAGGACAUCUUAAGAUUCCGGUUUGCGGCUCCAGUGUACUCGCAGUUGUUACGAAAGAUCGCGAAGAACACCUAAGACUAAUUUCGAACUCCUGUCUUCUUCUCAAAUUCAAUGGAAAGUCGUGUCCAUCCUGCUCAUACAUCAUCAAUUUAUUCAACAACAGAGCAAGAAAACGGAAAACAUCAAACGCAAGCUGUACCCGUCCCGCGAAGUGUAAUAUUCGUUAUCUAGAUCGACUGGGAUUGGAAGAGAGAAUUGCUUAUCAAAGGAAGGAAAUAAAGAAAGAGAAUAAGGAGACACGUAUGAAAGUUGACCCCAGUCUGAAGUUCAUGGAGGAAGAUAGUUUGGAUCUGGCGAAAAUUUUUGAGUCGAUAAAUGAAAAUGAGAUACCACCUCAAAUGCAAAUAAUGUGGGAGAUGCAGAAGAAGCAGCUGUUGGCACAAUCUCCAAGAGGUUACCGUUGGGACCCAAGGUAACAAACAUUUUAUAGUCAAAAAGGUUUAUGCAACCUAGUACGUUCUCUAUGAAAUUGUUACGUUUCUGUAGAGCUUAAAUUUAAGAAUUUAUGUUAAUUAUUUAACUCAUGUUAUAAUCGACGUGUUAUUUAAUUUCAAGGAUAGUGAGGUUGGCAUUAGAUCUGUAUUGCAAAAAUCCAAAGGCAUUGGAUACAAUGAGAGAAUUUAUCAUUUUACCAAGUAAUCGCCUGAUCAGGUAUGUUCAAACAGUGUCGUUGAAAUAAUGGAUACUCGAUUUAGAGUGUAAAGAAAUUAUGCUGCUUUAAAGGUAUUACAAGAAUUCCGUGUGUCAAGACCCUGGAUGGAAUAAUGAUGUAAUCGAUUGGUGUGCGAAAGACAGAGUUUUAAACCACAAGACUACUGGGGUGGUUUUAUAAUAGACGAAAUGAAAAUACAAGUAAGUAAUUGACGAGUACGUCAUUAAUAAGGAUCGGCAAGAGGGCAUUGGCGGAAUAGCUAGCCUACGGUGUAGACCCCAGCAGAAACACUGGGGUCUACACCGUGGGCUACGGAAUAGCUGGUUAUGACAGAUUAUUAAAAAUAAUAAACGUCUGUAUUGUCAAUUGACUGUAUACUCCUGACUUAUAUAGGAAGAUUUGCAAAUGACAGUAAAGGCAGGACGUCACCAGCUCACUGGUAUAGUUUCACUUGGACAAUAUAACAACGACAUGGAGAAGAUUAAGAGAGGUAUAUUUUGAUUAAUACUGAAUAGAAUACCGUUUGUGGGUGGAACGUUUUCAGAUACAUAAUAGGCCUAUUCGGAAAAUUACUAACAAUGCUUUGUCUUAUUUCUAAUUUUAUAUCUCAUAAAGUAGCAUGCAUGCACAGUGAUUUAGUGGAAAUUAUUUUGUGGGGAAAACCGACUGCAUGUCCGCAUAAGCUGAUGUUUUGUAUGGACUAAACAAACAAAAUAUUAAAUAUGAUCAGAUACAGAUCACUUCAGAAGAAUAUAUUACAGAGUUUUCUACUUUCUAGGAACUGAUUCGGCCGACAUCCAACUAGCAUCGCAUCUGCUACAAUUUGAAUUUUUAAGUGGCGGCGGAUUCCGCUUUCCUUUGGCGCACUUUCCAACGGCAGAAUGCCCUCCGUCGGUCCUUUAUCUUCAAUUUUGGGAGGGUGUACUCCAGAUGAAGAAAGCAGGAUUCAGGUUUGUAUUAUUUCAGUUUUAAAGAGAUCACCGUUUACAGAGUAAUCUAACGAAAAUGGACUGUAACAUUUCAGCAAAAUUCAAUGAAUCCUUUCAUUUGUUUAUAUAGCAUUCAUUUUUUAAUUUGUGAUGGAGGCGAAUCAAAUAGGCAAUUUAUUAAGAUCCAUUUCGAUAAUUGCAGUCCGGUGGAUCUUCACUUUAUUGCUUAUAACAUGCUGACAGAGGAUCCGAUGGUAUUAAUGAUGGAUCCAAAGGUAUUAAAACACUGCUAUUCUUCACCUUUUGCAUAGGCAGUAUGUUUUCCCUGGUUAUCUAUCAACUGAGACACCGGUAUUACCUGUUAGCAUUGCAAUAGUAUUAUAGGUUUAUUUGUUUAAUGUUUACUAUUAUCUUCAUAGCAUAACGUCAAGAAGAUUCGCAACAACGUGGAAAAGAGCUCUGCUCAUGGGUCAACAAGGAUGCUGACCGUAAAUGGCCAAUCUAUAUUCUGGUCUUACUGGAAAGAGGCAUACAUGUGGGACCAAAACGAAAAUUCCUGCCAUAUUCACCAAAAGCUAACAGAGGAUCAUUUCCAACUGAAUCCGAGCUCAAGAAUGCGUAAUAGUUUGGCAGAAGAUGUUUUAGAUAGGAAAAUGUUAAUUCUCAUGAAGGUCUGUCUCUGCCAUGCAGGCACUUUAACAUUAUUUAUAUGCAGCUAAUUCAAUUAAAGAUGUAUUCAUCCAAAAACCUAAACGAUCAUAGUUACAGGCUUACGUUAUGUUUUUAGAAGGAUAACCUUAAUUAGCCUUUCUCACGAAGGCCAAAUUCGCCAUGUUUUUUGGUACAUAAAAAAUUAAAGCGAUGUGAAAAUAUUUUUCAAAUAUUUAACUGUAAAUUAGCUUAUAAUGAUUAUACUCACAAUUAUAGUUAUACAAGUCCCUUAUUCACUGCGUACAAUCUCAGAUUUGGAAAUCCCCCAAAAAUUGGUGGCGUGAGAAAGGCUAAUUGAAUUUGCUGUAUAAAUCAAGCGUUAUGCACUCAUGCAUGUCACUGGCAAAACCAUAACCAUGCAUUCCAUGCCAUAUGCAAAGGUUGCUGAUAACUUAAAAAUAUCCUUUUAGGCUUACCAAGAUCAUCUCGCGUGUAUAGGAGACUCGUCAUCACAAAAACUGAGUGCUACCAUACAAUUUCUUCGACAUACGAGUUUUAUUGUUGAGUUGUUCUCAGACAAACAAGUCAUCUACGACAUAAACGAUGACCGACUUUCAAAGCUAUGGGGAGUCAUGCAGUAUUUCUCUAACUGGAAGGAAAAUAUAUCGACUGAGAACGAGUUCAUAUCGCAUAAACUGUGGUUUGAUAUCCAAUCGAUGAUCCUCGGUUUCAUUUCCUUGGUAAGGACCAAGUUGAACCGUUUUCCAGGUUCACUCAUUAAACCAGCUAUAUUGAACCAAGAUGUGUUAGAGAACCACUUUUCGCAGUUACGAGGCGCAAAUGGCAAAACGACAACCCGUCGUACCAACUGGUGCAAGCAACCCAAAACUCAGUGA